CAAUUAAGGCUUGCUGAGCCGCCCGCCCGGCCGGUGUCCUUCUCGCCGCCCCCCCGUGGCCCGGCCAUUCCCUGCCCAGCUCCGAGCCGAGGCGCACCGUCUUCUCCGAGCCUCCCUCCGUCCGUCCGUCCGUCCGUCCGGCGCUGGCCAGGCGGCACUACCGCGACCCCUUGUCCGUCGGUCCGGAGAGGAUCCUGUGCCUUUAAUCCCGAGCCCAGCCCACCUAGCGCCGGGGUCCCACCCACCGCAAGCCCGGCCGUUAUAAUGAGCGGCUCGCAAGCGCGACUCCAUCAGGCCGCGGGAGCAGGAGGCAUCGGGGGGAGCAGCAUCGGCAGCAGCAGCAGCAACAACCCGGGGGAGGUCGCCGCGGAGAUGCCGGCCACCGAGAAGGACCUGGCGGAGGACGCGCCCUGGAAGAAGAUCCAGCAGAACACCUUCACCCGCUGGUGCAACGAGCACCUGAAGUGCGUCAACAAGCGCAUCGCCAACUUGCAGACGGACUUGGGCGACGGGCUGCGCCUCAUCGCGCUGCUCGAGGUGCUGAGCCAGAAGAAGAUGGGGCGCAAGUACAACACGCGCCCCACCUUCCGCCAGAUGCAGCUGGAGAACGUCUCGGUGGCGCUGGAGUUCCUGGAGCGGGAGAACAUCAAGCUGGUCUCCAUUGACAGCAAAGCUAUUGUCGAUGGCAACCUGAAGCUGAUCCUGGGCCUGAUCUGGACGCUGAUCUUGCACUACUCCAUCUCAAUGCCCAUGUGGGAUGAGGAAGAUGAUGAAGAGGCCAAGAAGCAAACUCCCAAACAGCGACUGCUGGGCUGGAUUCAAAAUAAAUUGCCGGAGUUGCCGAUCACAAACUUCAGCAAGGACUGGCAGAGCGGCCGGGCGCUUGGGGCCCUCGUCGACAGCUGCGCCCCAGGUCUGUGCCCUGACUGGGAUUCGUGGGAUGCUAGCAAACCUGUCAACAAUGCUCGGGAAGCGAUGCAACAAGCUGAUGAUUGGUUGGGCAUCCCACAGGUGAUCACUCCUGAAGAGAUUGUGGAUCCCAACGUGGAUGAGCAUUCGGUCAUGACGUACCUCUCCCAGUUCCCGAAAGCCAAGCUAAAGCCAGGAGCCCCCCUUAGGCCCAAACUGAACCCCAAGAAAGCCAGGGCUUAUGGACCAGGUAUUGAGCCCACGGGAAAUAUGGUGAAGAAGAAGGCGGAGUUCACAGUAGAAACCAUCAGCGCUGGCCAAGGGGAAGUGCUGGUCUAUGUAGAGGAUCCUGCUGGGCAUCGUGAAGAAGCGAAAGUUGUUGCCAACAAUGACAAGAAUCGAACCUUCUCAGUGUGGUAUGUGCCAAAGGUGACAGGUGUCCACAAGGUGACAGUGCUGUUUGCUGGGCAGCACAUUGCCAAAAGCCCCUUUGAGGUGAAUGUGGACAAAUCGCACGGGGAUGCCAGCAAAGUCACGGCUCAGGGCCCUGGCCUGGAACCCAUGGGCAACAUUGCCAACAAGACUACCUACUUUGAGAUCUUCACUGCUGGUGCUGGGGUUGGGGAAAUUGAGGUCAUCAUCCAAGACCCAACUGGCAAGAAAGGGACAGUCGAGCAACAGCUAGAAGACAAAGGCAACAGCACGUACCGCUGCACCUAUAAGCCCACUCUGGAGGGCACGUACACCAUCUACAUCACCUUUGGUGGCAUCCCCAUCCCCCGCAGCCCCUUUACGGUCACCGUGGGCCAGGCCUGCAACCCCAAUGCUUGCCGAGCGGUGGGCCGAGGUCUGCAACCCAAGGGGGUCCGGGUGAAGGAGACGGCAGAUUUCAAGGUCUACACAAAAGGAGCUGGCAGCGGGGAACUGAAGGUUACAGUGAAAGGCCCAAAAGGGCUAGAGGAACGUGUCAAGCAGAAGGACAUGGGUGACGGUGUGUAUGGCUUCGAGUACUUCCCCACUGUGCCUGGCAACUACACAGUCACCAUUACUUGGGGUGGGCAACACAUCCCCCGCAGCCCAUUUGAGGUGAAAGUGGGAACAGAAUGCACAAACCAAAAAGUCCGAGCCUGGGGGCCGGGCUUGGAAGGAGGCGUUGUGGGCAAGUCAGCUGAUUUUGUGGUGGAGGCCAUCGGAGAUGACGCUGGCAUGCUAGGCUUCUCAGUGGAGGGUCCCUCACAGGCCAAGAUAGAGUGUGAUGACAAAGGUGAUGGCUCUUGUGACGUCCGCUAUUGGCCCCAGGAGCCUGGUGAAUAUGCAGUCCAUGUGCUGUGCAACGGGGAAGACAUCAAGCUUAGCCCGUUCAUGGCAGAAAUCAAAGCUGCUCCCAAGGACUUCCACCCGGAGAAGGUAAAAGCCUACGGUCCAGGCCUAGAGAAGACCGGUGUUGCAGUCAACAAACCUGCAGAGUUUACCGUAGAUGCCAAGAGUGGUGGGAGAGCACCUCUCAAGGUUCAAGUGCAGGAUUCUGAAGGAUCUCCUGUGGACGUCUCUGUGAAGGAUAAUGGCAACGGCACCUACAGCUGCUCUUACCUGCCCAAGAAGCCAGUGAAGCACACGGCCAUGGUGUCCUGGGGAGGAGUCAACAUCCCCAACAGCCCUUACAGGGUAAACGUUGGAGCUGGCAGUCACCCUAACAAAGUGAAAGUUUACGGUCCUGGUGUGGCGAAGACUGGCCUGAAAGCUCAUGAACCCACCUACUUCACAGUAGACUGCACAGAAGCUGGACAGGGUGAUGUAAGCAUUGGCAUCAAAUGCGCACCGGGUGUUGUGGGCCCAGCUGAGGCAGACAUCAAUUUUGAUAUCAUUCGCAACGACAACGACACCUUCACAGUCAAGUACACCCCCCAUGGCGCUGGCAGCUACACCAUCAUGGUGCUUUUUGCUGACCAGGCCACCCCCACCAGUCCCAUCAGAAUCAAAGUAGAUCCCUCGCAUGAUGCCAGCAAGGUCAAGGCGGAAGGACCUGGUCUCAACAGGAGUGGAGUGGAGAUUGGCAAGCCAACCUAUUUCACAGUCAACACCAAGGCAGCUGGCAAGGCUAAGCUGGAUGUCCAGUUUACUGGCCCAGCCAAAGGAGAGGCAGUCAGAGACUCUGAAAUAAUCGAUCAUCACGAUAACACCUACACCGUCAAGUAUACACCUGUGCAGCAGGGCAACAUUGGGGUGAAUGUAACAUACGGAGGAGACCACAUCCCUAAGAGCCCUUUCAAUGUGGGAGUGGCACCAACCCUGGACCUUAGCAAGAUCAAGAUCUCUGGACUUGGAGACAAAGUGGAAGUGGGCAAAGACCAGGAGUUCACCGUCAAAUCCAAGGGAGCUGGAGGCCAAGGCAAAGUGGCCGCCAAGAUCACAGGCCCUUCCAACAAGCCAGUGCCUUGUAAAGUGGAGCCGGGCAUCAGUGCUGACAACAGUGUGGUGAAGUUCAUCCCCCGGGAGGAAGGACCCUAUGAAGUGGAUGUGACCUACGAUGGCGUGCCUGUCCCAGGCAGUCCCUUCCCUGUGGAGGCUGUACCUCCCACCAACCCAUCCAAGGUGAAAGCUUAUGGUCCAGGCCUGAAGGGCGGAGUAGCCGGUUCUCCUGCUCCUUUUACUAUAGAUACCAAAGGAGCUGGAAAUGGAGGCCUAGGCCUGACUGUGGAGGGUCCCUGCGAGGCCAAGAUAGAAUGUUUGGACAAUGGAGAUGGCACUUGCUCGGUCUCUUACUUGCCUACAGAGCCUGGCGAAUAUAACAUCAACAUCCUCUUUGCUGAUACCCAUGUGCCUGGCUCCCCCUUCAAAGCCCAAGUGGCGCCGGGCUUCGACCCAUCCAAAGUGAAGUGUUCUGGACCAGGCCUGGAACAUGCCACUGUGGGGCAAGCCGGGGAGUUCAGUGUGGACUGCUCCAGCGCUGGUAGUGCUGAGCUCACCAUUGAGAUAAUCUCGGAAAGUGGCACCCAAGCUGAAGUCCAUGUGCGGGACAACGGGGACGGCACGUAUACCAUCACCUACAUCCCUCUCUGCCCUGGCGUUUACACCAUCACAAUCAAAUAUGGCGGGCAGCCUGUCCCUAAUUUCCCCAGCAAGCUCAAUGUGGAACCAGCAGUGGACACCUCUGGAGUGAAGGUCUACGGCCCUGGAGUGGAAGGCAAAGGUGUGUUCCGCGAAGCCACAACUGAGUUCAACGUGGACGCCAGAGCCCUGACUAAGACCGGAGGCCCUCAUAUCAAAACCAGAGUGUCCAAUCCCUCAGGAAACCUGACCGAGAGCUAUGUGCGUGAUAACGGAGAUGGUACCUACCAUGUGGAAUACACUCCUUAUGAAGAUGGUGUCCACUCUAUUGAUGUGACCUAUGAUGGCAGCCCCGCGCCCAGCAGCCCCUUCCGUGUACCAGUAACUGAAGGCUGUGACCCCACAAGGGUCAGAGUCCAUGGUCCUGGUAUCCAGAGUGGUACUACCAACAAGCCAAACAAAUUCACAGUGGAGACCAGGGGUGCUGGUACUGGUGGGCUGGGCUUAGCUGUGGAAGGUCCAUCAGAAGCAAAAAUGUCUUGCACUGAUAACAAAGAUGGCAGCUGCUCCGUGGAAUAUAUCCCCUAUGAACCCGGCACUUACAACCUGAAUGUCACUUAUGGUGGCCACCAAGUGCCAGGGAGCCCUUUCAAAGUGCCUGUGAAUGAUGUGGUGGAUUCAUCUAAGGUUAAAUGUUCAGGCCCUGGCCUGACUCCAGGUGUGGUCAGAGCCAAUGUGCCCCAGUCCUUCACUGUAGACACGAGCAAGGCAGGUGUGGCACCUCUCCAAGUCAAAGUUCAGGGUCCAAAAGGGGUGGUUGAGCCAGUAGAUGUAGUGGAUAAUGCCGAUGGGACCCAGACUGCAAGUUAUGUGCCAAGCCGGGAGGGCCCGUACAGCAUCUCUGUGCUCUAUGGAGAUGAAGAGGUGCCUCGCAGCCCAUUCAAGGUCAAAGUUCUACCCACGCAUGAUGCCAGCAAAGUGAAGGCGAGUGGCCCUGGGCUGAACACCACAGGGGUGCCAGCCAGUCUGCCAGUGGAGUUCACAAUUGAUGCAAAGGAUGCCGGAGAGGGCCUGUUGGCUGUCCAGAUCACGGAUCCUGAGGGCAAACCCAAAAAAGCCACCAUCCGAGACAACCAAGACGGCACAUACACUGUGUCCUACGUACCUGACAUGACCGGCCGCUACACCAUCCUCAUCAAGUAUGGAGGGGACGAGAUUCCCUACUCACCGUAUCGUAUCCGUGCUCUGCCCGCUGGUGAUGCCAGCAAGUGUACAGUAACAGUGUCGAUUGGAGGUCAUGGGCUAGGAGCCGGCAUCGGCCCCACGAUACAGAUUGGUGAAGAGACGGUGAUCACCGUGGAUGCCAAAGCUGCCGGGAAGGGCAAGGUGACCUGCACCGUGUGUACGCCUGAUGGCACAGAGGUGGAUGUUGAUGUGGUGGAAAAUGAGGAUGGCACCUUUGACAUCUUCUACACGGCACCCCAGCCGGGCAAAUAUGUCAUCUGUGUACGCUUUGGAGGAGAACACAUCCCCAACAGUCCUUUCCAGGUUACGGCCCUGGAUGGUGAGCGCCCGACCCCCCAGCAGAUGGCCCCGCCGAUGCGUGCCCCAACCUACGCAUACCCGCCUGGUGCACAGCAGCCUUGGGGACCAGCAGUAACAGCAACAGACCGUCCUGUCAAUGGAUUGGAUGCUGGACUCCGGCCUUUCGACUUGGUUAUCCCGUUUACCAUCAAGAAAGGAGAGAUCACAGGUGAAGUGCGCAUGCCUUCUGGCAAGGUGGCCAAGCCUGACAUCACCGACAACAAGGAUGGCACAGUGACCGUACGCUAUGCUCCCACCGAGGCUGGCUUGCAUGAGAUGGACAUCCGCUAUGACAACAUGCACAUUCCAGGCAGCCCUCUCCAGUUCUAUGUGGAUUAUGUCAACAGUGGUCAUGUGACCGCAUAUGGGCCAGGACUCAUCCAUGGGGUGGUCAACAAGCCAGCGGUCUUCACGGUCAACACCAAAGAUGCAGGAGAAGGUGGCCUUUCCCUGGCCAUCGAAGGGCCCUCCAAGGCCGAAAUUGGCUGCACGGAUAACCAGGACGGCACAUGCACUGUGUCCUACCUUCCAGUUCUGCCGGGUGACUACAACAUCCUAGUGAAAUACAAUGACAAACACAUCCCAGGAAGCCCGUUCACUGCCAAGAUUACUGGUGACGACACGAUGCGCAUGUCUCACCUCAAAGUGGGCUCUUCUGCUGAUAUCCCCUUGAACAUCACUGAGACAGACCUGAGCCAGCUGACUGCCACCGUCAUCCCACCUUCGGGUCGGGAGGAGCCUUGUCUGCUCAAACGCUUGCGCAACGGGCAUGUGGGAAUUUCCUUCGUUCCCAAAGAAAUUGGAGAGCAUAUUGUGAACAUCAAGAAGAAUGGGCUGCACAUCCCCAACAGUCCUAUCACAGUGAUGAUAAGCCAGUCGGAAAUUGGCGAUGCGAGCCGCGUCAGGGUCUCUGGCCCAGGACUCAGUGAGGGCCGGACCUUUGAACCUUCAGAGUUCAUCAUUGACACAAGAGAUGCUGGUUACGGUGGGCUGAGCUUGUCCAUUGAAGGCCCCAGUAAAGUUGACAUCAACACAGAAGACCUGGAGGAUGGGACUUGCAAAGUCACCUAUUGUCCAACGGAGCCAGGCAACUACAUCAUCAACAUCAAAUUUGCAGACCAGCAUGUGCCAGGGAGCCCAUUCUCUGUUAAGGUGACCGGAGAGGGGCGAAUGAAGCAGAUGAUCACAAGACGUCGUAAAGCCCCUUCAGUUGCUAACAUUGGCACAGAGUGCGACCUCAGCUUGAAAAUCCCAGAAAUCAACAUCAGAGACAUGACAGCUCAGGUCACCAGCCCCUCCGGCAAGUCCCACGAUGCAGAGAUCUUGGAGGCGGAGAACAACACCUAUUGCAUCCGCUUUGUGCCCACUGAGACAGGCAUCCACUCCGUCAGCGUCAAAUACAAAGGGCAGCAUGUCCCCGGAAGUCCGUUCCAGUUCACCGUGGGGCCUCUUGGCGAGGGUGGUGCGCACAAGGUCCGGGCAGGUGGUCCAGGCUUGGAAAGAGCAGAAGCUGGCGUGCCAGCUGAGUUUAGUAUCUGGACACGGGAAGCUGGAGCUGGUGGCCUCUCCAUUGCCGUGGAAGGCCCCAGUAAGGCAGAGAUUGCUUUUGAGGACCGGAAGGAUGGCUCAUGUGGCGUUUCCUACAUUGUACAAGAACCUGGCGAUUACGAGGUCUCUGUGAAGUUCAAUGAUGAGCACAUCCCAGAUAGCCCCUUCGUGGUACCAGCCACCUCCACCUCAGAUGAUGCCCGCCGGCUCACUGUUUCUAGUCUUCAGGAGUCAGGUUUAAAAGUGAACCAGCCAGCCUCGUUUGCCGUCAGCUUGAACGGGGCCAAGGGUGUGAUUGAUGCCAAAGUGCACAGCCCCUCAGGGGCCUUGGAAGAAUGCCAUGUUACAGAAAUUGAUGAAGAUAAAUAUGCCGUGCGUUUCAUCCCCCGUGAAAAUGGCAUCUAUUCUGUCGAUGUCAAAUUCAACGGCAGCCACAUUCCUGGCAGCCCCUUCAAGAUCCGUGUUGGGGAGCUGGGCCAGGCGGGAGACCCCGGGAUGGUGUCUGCCUAUGGCCCUGGCUUAGAAGGUGGUGUGACAGGGAAUCCUGCUGAAUUCAUAGUCAAUACCACAAAUGCUGGGCCUGGGGCAUUAGCCGUCACCAUUGAUGGCCCCUCCAAGGUGAAGAUGGACUGCCAAGAGUGCCCAGAGGGCUAUAAGGUCAUCUAUACACCCAUGGCUCCUGGCAGCUACCUCAUCUCCAUUAAGUUUGGAGGCCCCUACCAUAUUGCCGGCAGCCCCUUUAAGGCCAAAAUCACAGGGGCCCGCCUUGUUCCCAGCCACAGUCUUCACGAGACGUCCUCGGUCUUCAUGGAGGGAGUGGCUAAACCUGAUGGAGCAGUACCGAAGUUUGCCUCUGAUGCCAGCAAAGUGAUAGCCAAGGGGCUGGGCCUCAACAAAGGCUUUGUAGGGCAGAAGAACUCUUUCACAGUUGACUGCAGCAAAGCAGGGAACAAUAUGCUGCUGGUGGGCGUACACGGCCCCAAGACCCCUUGUGAGGAGAUCGUGGUGAAGCACUUGGGCAACCGGCUGUACAACGUCACCUACCUGCUGAAGGACAGAGGGGAUUAUGUGCUGGUGGUGAAAUGGGGGGAUGAGCACAUCCCCGGCAGCCCCUUCCAUGUGUCUGUGCCUUAAUCCCUCCCUCCUUGCCUUAUUGUAACACUGCCUCUCUUCCUGAGCCCCCCUUGUAGUACCACUGCCCUCCACCUGAGACACUGCCUCUUACUUCCCUGGCAGGGUUUGUGCCACUGAGGCUAGUUUAUAGGGGUGGGAGGGAGCAGGUUGCCCUUGGGGAUGAGUGAGGGGAGGAUUCCUGUGGAUCUGUUUACAUGCAGCACUAACAUUUUCCUCCCCAACCAGUUUGUCAGUGAUUUUCCUUUUUCCUCCAUUUGGGAGUGAGGGACAGGACUGAUCACACUUUUUCUUGCCAAAGCACUGGCUUCGUGCCCACGGACUGAAUUUGUGCCUCACCUGGAUUUUCCAGGGAGGUGUCUUCCUCCCCAACAACAAAAAUCUGCACCUGGAUACACCACAUUACAUAUCUUGGCACCCAUCCACUGCUUGAAAAGAAACCACUGCUCCCAAGGGAACUGCAGACGGCCUGUCUCUUUCGUCUCUAGAUCUCCUCUUUUCCCUUUUUACGGCUUGAGAUGGAAGCUCUGUUGAUCACAAGAUAAACCAGUGGUGGGAGCUGCUCCUUGCUUUGCCAAGUUUUAUAACCAAAACUCUGUUUAGUCCUUCCAAGACUUAAGUUGUUGUUGUGCGCAAAACUGCCAGGCCCCUUUCUCUGAAGAGAGAAGGGAAUAAAACAUUCUGCUUCAAAUGGC